AUGUCUGAGGAAAGACAGCAAUUGCUAGAGCAAAAGAGGAAGAGAUUACAGGAGCUCAAACUGAGAAGGAGCGGGCAGGCUACAUCAGUAGUUGACAUACCGAGGCCAAGGGCGGCUAGAGUCGAUGUUGCGACGCAAACUACUAUAGAGUUUGAUGAUGCAAAGCAUGUCCCGCCGACAGUUGCGCCAUCGCGGGACACCCAACUGCAUUCGGAUAAUAAACAGCUAACGAGAUUUGAUGUUGCGAUUCAAGUGUAUGGAAUUGAGGAAGGGGAUGAAGGUGGAAUGGGUGACAAAACACUUCCAAAAACAACUCCAGCCCUACCACCCUCCAAUAAAGAGGUAUCCACUCUUGAAUUGAAUGAUGCAUUGAUAAAAUCAAUUAAGCUUGUCAACCAACUACAAAUCAACGAGACAAUCAAUUUAAAUGACGUCAAAGUGGAAUCUAAAGCUAACUCAGCUUUUAUUCUCAAAUCGCACUCGUUCAAACUCGAUAGACAAAUGACUGAUAUUGAUGUUUCACCCCAUAAAAGCAAUCAGUUAGCGAUUAGCUUUGCAAAAUCAACGGCAGGGAACCAUGACGCGGUUAUUUUCGAUGUCGUUGAGGGAAAAUUGAUUCCAGUAAAUUAUCUAACGUGCGUUCCUGUUAUCGUCAAAGUAAGGUUUGACGUCAACAAUUCCAAUCGUAUAAUUGGCAGCUCUAAUAAUGGUGGGGUAUGUAUCUGGGAGACUGAGCCGGCCUCAUUGAUGCAAUCACCAACAUUGACAACUCCUCCUUGUUUCUUAACAAUUAAAAAAGAGUGGCUACCUCAUUGGAGUGAAUUAGUUUUACUCGAGCAAAUAAAAGUUGAUACCAAUGAAUGUGUUUUGACUGUGUCCAAGGAUUGUAUUUUGAACAUUUGGUCGAGCAAUCUUUUGAGUCGCCCGAAAUACUCUGUCAAGUUAGGUGAUGAUGAGGCUAAUGAUGUAUGGGUGAAAGAUGCCGUGUAUCUCGGUAGUGACGCAUUGAUUGGGGAAAUCAACAAAAGUAUGUUGAAAAUGGUUCUUGCUGGACUCGAUGGGAAGCUUUAUGAUGAACAGUUGAACAUGAUUCAUGAAGAUGAAAAUAGUCUCGUGAUUAAUGCCUUAGAUUACAUUGGUAAGGGACUAGUCAUUACUGCUCACUCGGACUGGAAGUUGCGAUUGUGGAAAGAAGGGCAAGUGGCACCAUUUAAAGUUUUACCAACGACAUAUGUGGUGAGUUAUGUUUCACAACGACCGCUUGUUGACUAUCAAUUUGUUACCGUGGGAUCGAUAAAGCGAAAGUAUUUUGUGGAUCUUUGGGACGUUUCUAGAAGGUUGUAUUCGCCAUUGUUGAGAAUAGUGGAAGAUAUCGACCCUAUUCUCAGUGUCAAAUUCACUGAAUCAAAUGACAUAUUGGUUAUGAAGGAGAGGCAGUUUUCACUCCAUUCUAUCAACGUGGAUCAUCAAUGGCAAAUGUCUGAAAAUUACUUUGAUAAAGGUUUAUAA